CGUUUGUUGUGGGAGCGAGAGAGUGUGCGCAACGAACAACGCAACGCCACGAGGUUUACAUUUUUUUGUAUAUAAAUGCGCUUCUAAAUAGUGUGCUCUCUCUCUUGGACUCGCCUCUCACGCCACUACCACUCUUUCACUUCUUUCUCGUUCUCUCGCUUAACCCUUUUUUUUCUCUCACAAACACCAAUGGGAGACGAGAAGAAGCCCAAGCCUGCCACUUCCGGCGUGUGGUCCACCGUCAAGCCUUUCGUCAAUGGUGGGGCCUCCGGCAUGCUCGCUACCUGCGUCAUUCAACCCAUCGACAUGAUCAAGGUGAGGAUUCAACUUGGCCAAGGAUCGGCUGGGCAGGUCACCUCCAACAUGCUCAAGAAUGAGGGUGUUGCUGCCUUCUAUAAGGGUCUAUCCGCUGGAUUACUCAGGCAGGCUACCUACACCACUGCUCGACUUGGAUCAUUUAAAAUCUUGACAAGCAAAGCAAUUGAGGCUAAUGAUGGGAAGCCCCUGCCACUGUAUCAGAAAGCUCUGUGCGGGCUGACUGCUGGUGCCAUCGGAGCAACUGUUGGUAGUCCAGCAGAUUUGGCGCUCAUUCGAAUGCAAGCUGAUGCAACUUUACCUGCUGCUCAGCGCCGAAAUUACACGAAUGCCUUCCAUGCACUCUAUCGAAUUGUGUCAGAUGAAGGUGUUUUGGCACUUUGGAAAGGUGCUGGGCCUACUGUCGUUAGAGCCAUGGCAUUGAACAUGGGGAUGCUUGCAUCUUAUGAUCAAAGUGUUGAGUUCUUCAGGGAUAAUGUUGGUCUUGGUGAAGCAGCUACUGUGCUAGGUGCAAGUUCCGUAUCUGGAUUUUUCGCAGCAGCUUGCAGUUUGCCAUUUGACUAUGUCAAGACCCAGAUUCAGAAGAUGCAACCUGAUGCUGAGGGAAAAUAUCCAUACACUGGCUCUGUUGAUUGUGCUGUCAAAACCUUCAAAGCAGGAGGACCAUUCAAAUUCUACACUGGAUUCCCUGUCUAUUGUGUCAGGAUUGCUCCUCAUGUCAUGAUGACAUGGAUCUUCCUGAACCAGAUUCAGAAAUUGCAGAAAAACCAUGGGUUGUAGUUCCACAUGGUAAUGGACAUUUUCUGUUGAAUUCAAGCUUUGAUUGAGCAUUGAAUAAUUUGUUGGCUGUGUUGUAGUCCUUUUUGGCAGCUAAACACCAAUGGAGCUGAUCAUUUUUUUAAGUUUAAUUAAUCAUGCGACUGAAGCGGGAAUUACAUACGAACAUUGUAUUAGUCAUAUAUAGAAUUGGAUGCGGCUGGAGCAGAGUAGUAGUAUAAUUCCAUUUUUAGAAUUUAAUGUGAUUGAGAAACUUUGUGGAGAUAUCCAAAACUAGAAUAAGUAUUCAUCUCGGACACCAUUUUGGCAUCAAGUUUUGUAAUUUCGUUUCAUAGGUGGCAUUGGCAAGUAUUUUUUCACAUCCUGCUAUCCAAACCAUGUUAUUUCUUA